CCACAUAAUGAGGCAAAAAACCCACAAAUUAUGUGUCUCUUGUACUCUGUUUACUUACACUAUUACUGUGUCAUUCUCUCUCUCUCUCUCUUGACCACACCACUGAUGCCAACGAACCUGAUCCAGCAGAUAAUCCAUUCACAUAAAAAUAGACACUAUGCACGCAAAGCAAAUCUAAGUUCCAUCAUUGGCCUAAUUGAAAUCACUUCCUCUCACCCAUUUCUCUAAACAUUUUUUUUUCUUCUUGGAUGUGUUAUAGUGUUACCGUAACUCAUCUCUAGUACUCUCUCUAUCCCUUCUCUGAAACCCUUUAUAUUAAAGGGGCACCGCUUUGGACCAUUAAGUUGAGAGCUGAGGGUUGAAACUUGGAACCAGUUCAUUGUUCAGAGGAAGAUAGAAAUACACUUCUUCAAGAACUAGGGUUUUUGUCCCUCUCAAAUUCAUUAAUUGAAAAGAAAAGAAAAUCUUCAAAUGUUCCCUUACAGUUCCACCCCUUACCCUUCCUUCCCGUCUUCAUGUUCUUCUUCAUACCCUCCUUUUCCUUUUCUCAACCUUGACAAUGCUUCUGCAAGCAACACCCUUCUUCAUGAUCCACUUUCUGUGCCUUACAUACCAACUCAUAAUAACCCUCCAAGCAUCCAAGAAGCACUGAGCAAUUUGCCAGUCACAGUCACAGAUCAUAACUGUGGUGGUGGUGGUUCUGCAAUGACCAAACCGAACCCAAGUGGUGGUGGUGCUCCUCACUAUGGCAUUUCUUGUUUCCUUGCAAAGAAGCCUGCUAAGAAGGACAGGCACAGCAAGAUUUACACCUCUCAGGGUUUGAGGGACCGAAGGGUGAGGUUGUCCAUUGAGAUUGCUCGCAAGUUCUUUGAUCUUCAGGACAUGCUAGGGUUUGACAAAGCCAGCAAUACCCUUGAGUGGCUCUUUAACAAGUCAAAGAGAGCAAUUAAGGAGCUGGCAAGGAGCAAGAGCAACAAUAGUGAAGAAGGAGCCAAGAGCUUCUCUUCUUCAUCCGAGUGUGAUGAUGACUGUGAAGUUGUUUCUGAGAUCAAACAGAAACAGCAACUCAUCACUUGUGAUGCUGCUACUCCACACAACCUACAACAAGGGUUAGAUUCGAGUGAUAGCAAGUCACCAACAUUAAUGGCUGCAAGAGAGAGGAUGAAGUUGAAAAGGUCACAGAAGGAACCUGCAAAGAUGAAGGAGUCAAGGGAGAAAGCAAGAGCAAGAGCAAGGGAAAGGACUAGUAACAAGAUUAUGUGCAAUGUGAACACCAACACAGGGAGGGUGCAACAAGACUUGAAGAAAAAGUGCCCUGCAAUUGAAAAUAACCACUCUCAAAUCAUGCAUCAAUCAAGGUCACCUACUCACCCUCACCACCUCAUGGGAAGUGAAGCACCUAGAGAUGACUUCAAUGUUAUUGAGGAAUCCAUUGUGAUCAAGAGAAAGUUGAAGCCGUCCUUGAUGUCCUCUUCUCAUCAUCAUCACCAAAACCUUGCAAUCCCUAAGGAACCACCAUGUUUCAACAACAACAGCAGUGAGUACCACCCCUUCUCCAAUUUGUCUCCAAAUUGGGAUGCUAAUGGAUCCACUGGCCGCUCCAACUUCUGUGCUAUAGCUAGCAUGAAUCUGUCCACAGGGCUUCAAAUCUUUGGAAAGUCUUGGGAGGAGUGCACCAAUCCACGUUUACACUAGUGUGUGUGUUUGUGUGUUUUAUCUUUCCCUUUUUUUUUUCAGUAUUAUCAGAUUGAAUGCAACUCUUCUAGUGGCUUGCCAAGGAAUCAUGAAGGCAUCUUUCUGUGUUUUCCACCAGUAACUUUUCUGUCCUAUAUUCCCUUUCCAAAAUGUUUGUACCUCUUAAUCCUUUGCUCAUCAUCAGCCAAUGGCGUGUGACAGUUGGCACAAAGGUUGCUGCUGCGUGUAUUGAUUUCUGACCAAUAUUUAAAGUGUGGUUGGCAUUGCAUAAUGCCAAUUAGUUAUCAGGAAACUGUUCCUUCUUGCAGAUUUUAAUAUUUAUAUAUUUGGUUAAUAUUGUUCAA